AUGAUUCGAUGUGAUUCGAGCGACCCCGAUGCUUUAAUGGGAGAUUUGAACACGUAUGUGAAAAACUUACGUGAAAUGGUGAAACUAAAAGACGUUUAUCAAUGUGCAAUGAGUUAUAACGAUUAUCAGGAACAAACGGUGGAAUCGAUCUGUUAUCUGAUCUUGGAAAGAGUGAGAAAUGUGCAGUUGAUUAAAAGAAACCUGGAUGAAUAUGCGAGACCUUAUAUGGAGGAAUAUAAGCUGGAUCCGGAUCGUACACUUUACAAUUACACCGCGAAAAUUUCAAGUAACUAUGCUGGUGUUGUUUCAUCUUCAAAUCCUUGGGACGAGCGAUGCUUGGCGGUGGCUGAAGGCAUAUCAAACAUCGGUUUACGUUGUGAAGCAUUAAUUGGCAUAGCAAAACGUGCUCAUCCACCAUGGACCAAACAACUCUCGACUGCUGUAUAUGCGAUGCUCAAUAGUCCCCUAAUUGAAUUCCAGAUGUAA